AUGCAUGCCACUUUUGGACAGUUCCUUGUCGCGAGCGUGAUCGCCACCUCGGCGGUCUCGGCGUUCAGCUUCGCUCCCACUGGCACCGAGGUUGCCCGGCUGGCGGUUCCCGUCUUGGCCUUGGCUGUGCCUGCCUAUGGUCUUCCCCAUCACCAGGGCGGUCAGAACAAGAACGGCAAUGGCCGGAACAACAACAACCGCCGCGAUGAGGAGGAGCUUGAGACCCGCGAACCCCAUCACCAGGGUGGCCAGAACAAGAACCAGGGCAACGGCCGGAAUGGUAACAACAACCGCCGAGACUCUGAGGUAGAGACCCGUGAGCCGCAUCACCAGGGCGGUCAGAACAAGAACGGUCAAGGCAAUGGCCGCAACAACAACAACCGCCGUGAUGAAGAGGAGCUCGAGACUCGCGAGCCUCACCAUCAGGGAGGCCAGAACAAGAACGGCAAUGGCCGAAACAACAACAACCGUCGUGACUCUGAGGACGAGCUGGAGACCCGCGAGCCUCAUCACCAAGGUGGUCAGAACAAGAAUGGCAAUGGCCGGAACAACAACAACCGCCGCGAUUCUGAGGAGAUUGAGACUCGCGAGCCUCACCACCAGGGUGGUCAGAACAAGAACGGCAACGGACGUAACAACAACAACCGUCGUGACUCUGAAGACGAGCUCGAGACUCGUGAGCCGCAUCACCAAGGUGGUCAGAACAAGAAUGGUAACGGCCGCAACAACAACAACCGCCGCGAUGAGGAAGAGCUCGAGACCCGUGAACCUCACCAUCAGGGUGGUCAAAACAACGCCGGCCAAGGCAAUGGCCGCAACAAGAACAACAACCGCCGUGAUACCGAGGACUUGGAGACCCGCGAACCUCACCACCAGGGCGGUCAGAACAAGAAUGGCAACGGCCGCAACAACAACAACCGUCGCGAUGAGGAAGAGCUUGAGACGCGUAAGCCCCACCACCAGGGCGGCCAAAACAAGAACGGUAACGGCAACGGCCGGAACAACAACUAA